AUGAAAUUGCUUAGAUUGAUUGGUGAUUUAUCACAUUUAGCUUCAAUUAUUUUAAUUCAACAGAUCGUUCAAUGUGUUUCAGCAACAGGUAUAAGUUUCCAAACUCAAGUUCUUUAUGUGCUUGUCUUCAUGACUUGUUUCAUGGAUCUUAUCACUGGACAUUACAUAUUGCUAUGA